UGGUGCGGACCUUUAGGUGAGCGAGAAGCCAUGAUGUUAACGGUUGUGUCAGCGUGGCGAGGCUUUCUGGCGGCGGCUGGCCUUUCUUUAGCGGCUGAAGGACUCUACUAUCUAAUCCGGUACCUAAAGCGGUUUCGUGAGCGACGGCCGCAGGUCCUUUUCUUCCCAGCGCCGGUGACGUGCGUGCGUCCGUUGCUGCUUUCGAGUCCCGGCCAUUGUAAUUGUGGCCUGUCGCACCGGGAGAGUGCACUGAGCUGCCUGACCCGUUUGUUGCUCAGUGCUCGCCGCUCACUCGAUGUCUGCGUGUUCACUAUCUCCAGCGUUCAGUUGAGCAGCUCAGUGCUGGCGGUGCACGGCCGCGGGGUACGGGUACGGGUCAUCACCGACUCGGACUACAUGGCGCUAGCAGGCUCGCAGGUCGGCGCCUUCAGGAGAGCUGGUAUAGAAGUCCGACAUGAUCAGGAUGCAAACUAUAUGCACCACAAAUUUGCUAUAAUUGAUGGAUUGAUCCUCAUAACUGGAUCUUUGAACUGGAGUGCCCAAGGCAUUUUUGGGAAUAAAGAAAAUGUAAUCAUAAUUAAUAACAUUGAUAUUGUGAAGGCAUUUGUUGAUGAAUUUGGACGACUUUGGAAUGAAUAUGAUCCAGCAAAGUACAGCUUUUCUCCUAAAAGCUGAAUAGGAAUGAACAGGUUUUCAACAAGUCUGGAAGGAAUGGCAAAUAAUACUUCAAGAUGUAUCAGAAUUUAGAUUAGAUAACAUUUAGUUUUGAAACUGUGUUUCUGUGAAUCACAUAUACUUGAGAAAAAGAUGAAUGACUGA